AUGGAGGGGACUACGCGUCGAGGUCUAUUCUCGCCCACAAACACGAGUGAGUUAAGUCCCGCCGCAGCUGCAGCUGCAGCUGUAACCCCCACUAGAUGCCGCAUGCGUUCGUCACUAGGCAGUAGACUCAGUAUGGCACCAGAGGACGCGUUUGCACGUGAGCCCGAGUGUGGCGUAUGCUCCAAGUCGUUUAAUAUUUUGCGUCGUCGUCAUCACUGUCGUUGCUGUCACAUUGCCGUGUGUAAAGAGUGUGGAUGCAAGGCAAUUGACCGUAAAAAGACAGAGCGAAUGCGACCACAAUGGUAUUGUAUGGGCUGCUUGAAUGAUGACGCAACGCUCGAGAUUACAAGCAUCAGAUUACCUAGUGGGAGUAAACGUCGAAUGUCAUCGACGUUUAGUGUCCCACCGAAUCCGCCCCAAGUCACAAAUUUAACGAGCACAGCUAAGUUUUGUAUUGAAUGUGGCUAUGAAUUACCACCACGAGUCAAGUUCUGUAUUGAGUGUGGUACAUCAGUGAGGCAACAGUUGAUGUCUCCAGUGAGUGUAUCAGAUGUCGUCGGAGUCGGAGAAGUAGAUCGAGGCAAUCAAGGAUCAAAUCUUGUGGUUAUUGAUGAAUCAAAUGGAUCACCAAUGGAUCAGACGGACGGAUCAGAAGAUGACGCACCUGUGGAAGAGGAAGAGGAAGUUAUGGUGGUGGAUAUUGCGAGAGACAUUGUUGAAGCGACUCCAGAAGCAGAUGAAGAAGCAGCAGCAAACACAAAAGAGGUUGAGGAACUUGUGGCGCAAUUGCAGGCUGAGAAUGAAAAGCUACGCAAUCGUGUUGCGAAGUUUAAGCACAGGAUAUCGGAAUCAGAAUGUCGACGGCUGGAAAGAGAGGAGGAACACGCACGUGCAGUAUCGGAGGCCACUGCUGCUGCUGCCGCUGCUGCUACGGCUGCUGCUACGGCUGCUGUGGAAGCACAAACAAACAAACAAAGAGCAUUGGAACCGGCUUCUCAGGCUGCAUCGACUGAGGUAGUGGAGAAGGCACCUAAUAGCAAUGGAACGGGUAUUGCAGCUAAAGAUCACCCAGACUAUUCGAAGUUUUUCAAGUUAUUGACAAUGGGACUGCCUGCUGAACAGGUGAAGAUAAAGAUGCAAGCGUCAGGCGUCGACCCGUCGAUUCUUGAUGAACCAGAUGUAAUCAUUGGUGGUGCUGUUUCAAGUACAAAUAAUGUGACAGCUGUGCCUAUGACGUCGAGUGGCAACUUCGUGAAGGAAGACGAGCAAUACGCUAAAUUUUUCAAGCUUCUGAAGAUGGGAAUGCCUUCUGAGCAAAUCAAGCUGAAAAUGACCUCAAGUGGUCUGAAUCCGGACCUUCUUGACACGCCGGAUGCACUAAUGCCGGGAUCUGGUGUUGCGGCAACACUAGCAGCGACAUCCAACCAGGUGAUGACGGUGAAGGAAGACCCAGGCUACGAGAAAUUCUUCAAGUUGUUGAAAAUGGGGAUGUCGGCCGAGCAAGUAAAAAUGAAGAUGAGUGCCGCAGGCGUAAAUGCAGACUUGCUCGACACGCCUGAUGCACCGUCACCUAACCAGAAGGAAGCAGGUAGUAGCGGCGGUGGUGGCGGCCUUCUUGCUGGUCUUCCUCCUCCAGCGGAGGCGGUAAAGGUAGAUCCCUCGGUACUAGAAGCGAGCUUGACUGUAAAGCUGGGUAAACCGACAACACCCGAGCAAAGUGAGGAGUCUCAGCUUCCAAAGAAGGACACUGUGAAGCCAAACGUCGAAUUACGCCCGCUCUUUUGGACUCGUGUGCCUGUCAACGUGGUAAGUAGCACCGUGUGGAUGAAGCUGAACGAUUCGCGUGCCAAGCUGGACGUAGAGGAAAUGGAGUGGAUGUUUCGCAAAAACCCGGUAGAGGUAUCAAAAAAGCAGGAUGAAAAGAGGAAGGAAGCUGAAAAGGUACCAGUCCAUCCGAAAGAAGUACUCCUUUUCGACCCGAAGAGGCAGCAAAAUGUGGCAAUCGCGAUUGCUCGAUUCAAAAUGUCAUCGAAGGACAUUAAAGAAGCCAUAUACGCUUUGGAUGGCCAGAAGCUUGGGUCUGAGGUGGUGAAUGUGCUGAUUUCUAUUUCACCUACGCUGGAAGAAAUUGACAUGCUCAAGAAUUACGACGGGGAUGCAAAGCUGCUCGGAAAUGUGGAAAAAUUCUUCCUUGAUCUUUUGACCAUCCCGCGCUACACUCAGCGAAUUAAGUGCUUUAGAUACAAGUUACAGUUUGAGAAUCGUAUUCUGGAAACACAGGCGCAGAUGGAUACACUGGUUGCUGCUACGGACCAAGUGACCGAGAGCGACAAGUUUCGCCGUGUCCUGGAGCACAUUUUGGCGAUCGGCAACUACUUGAAUGGUGGCACGCCUCGUGGUGGUGCUUACGGCUUCAAGUUGGAUACCCUUAUGAAGCUGCACACACUGAAGUCAGUUGAUCCUCGAAUCACUUUGAUGCACUUCCUAUUACAUCAGCUGGAAGAGAAGACCCCGGACGUCAUUACGUUUGCCGGAGAAGUUCCACAUAUUGUGGAGGCUAAAAGGUUGUCACUUGAUCAAUUGCGGGCCGACUUGUCCUCCUACAACGCCGAACUAGCGAUGUUGAAGGGUCAAGUGCGUGCUUCUAAGAGUGAUCAUAUUGAGGGUGACAAAUUUUACGAGGUGAUGACUCCGUUUGCGAAAGACGCGGAGGAGGUGCUGGAGGAGCUGGGGCGUGACUUCACUGGUCUGAAGACGUCUUAUGAAGAGCUUGUGAGCUCUUUUGGCGAGGACCCCAGGAAACUCGGUCCGAUGGAGUUUUUCACUAUUCUAUACGAAUUUGUGACCGAGUUCAAGAAGGCCUACCGCCAAAAUCAAACGAAGGAAUAUCAAGCUAUCUACGAAGAGGCUGCAGCUGCGCGCGUUGCUGCUGAAGCCGAAAAGGCUGAGCGACUAAAGUGUGAAGCUGAGGAACGCCAACGACAAGAAGAGGACCGACAAGAAAAGUCGCAGGAGACCAGGGGUAUUUAUGCCGAUAUCAUGUCCGUCAUCACUACCUGGGCUGCGAAGCAUUCGCCUGGCAACGAAGAUGCGGUGAUUGAGCAGUUCAAGGACAUGUCACGGAAAUUUGGCAUGGACGAAUUAACAGCUGACGCGUUUUGUGACCAAGUGCGGCAGUGUGUUGGGUCAAAAUGUGCAAGUAAAAUUAUCCCGAACAGUGCCAAGCUAUUAUCCGAUGAGGAAAAGCAGAGUGCGUUGCUGGAGGCAUUUGCACGCUUCAAAGAGGCUCUGAAGAAAGAAAAAGAGUCGAAGAAACAACAGCGCAACUCACUCGUGUCUCCGCCAUCUGAAGGGCGUGAGAGAGCGGGGUCCUCUUCGGCAGGCCGCAGACGCAACAAGGUUGUUCCAAUCAAAGACGUUGAACCCGUUGUCGGAGAAGAAGCACAGCUAUUGCACAAGUCUAUCCUAGAAGCAGUCCUCGUGGCGUUCGGUGGUGAUGUGAAGAAGAUGAAGUCAUUUACGUCACAUACUCGAAAGUACGGGAACGAGCAGAUCACGGCGCACGAGUUUUACCAAUAUUUAAUUGAUUCCUUCGACCCCGACUUCGUUGGACGUCUCGUGCCGGACCUUGCGCGUCUACUGCAGGAUUCGGAGAAACGACACGCAUUGAUUCGUGCGCUGUGUGAAAGCGCACCGGGUUGGGCAAAGUUUGCAGGUUUAUAG